CUCCCUGCAUCCCCAAGGCAAGAAUCAUCACCCUCUCCCCAGCCCUCCAUCCACCCUGCUCCCCGCCCGCCUGCAACGCAACGCUCCUCGCGCCGGGCUGCGCUCUGAUCAGCCGAGCAUUCACCGCGCCUCCAAAUUGGUUUGUCAUUUCUGACCCCUCUCUCUCUCUGCGCCGACCACGGUCCUCUGCUCCACUGCGCUCUGCGCCCGUGGACUUCAGCAGAAGUCACUAAGAACAUAAAGGCAGCCGAGAAAGAUAAAAAGAGAGAGGGAGGGAGGGAGGAAGGGAUACAGACAGACGGAUAGAGAGAGGGAGAGACAGAGAUACGCCUCUGUCCUCCUCCGGCGCUCCGCUGGACUCAGUGCGUUUGGACGGACUGACGGACGUGAUACCUCCUACUGUGCGAGCUCUGAUCGGGAUACUAAGCACGCAGCUAUUGGUUUGUUACACCCUCGGCUUCUUUAUUUCGAUACCCUCUUUCAGGAACACUUGCCAAUGUCGUUCUGCAGCCGCGAGAAUUAACUAGAGCCGGAGUCGAGGCACAAACCAACCACUGAAAUUUAUCGACUAGGAAGAUACGUUUGUACACAAGAAUUGCGUUCUGGUGACUGUAUAGAGCAAAGAAGGAGAAGAAGGAGAAAGGUUAUUCCCGACUCUUCUCUGCGCUGGAUGUGUAAGCUAUACAUGCGCCUAUACUGCUGCGACUGGCGAUAAGAACUGGAACAUCCGGCUGGCACUGAGAUGUGAUUCUCACCAGUUUCAUUUCACUUUGACAAAGCAAAGUACACCAGUAACAGGUCUGUAUGGUGACAGGAAGACUGAGCUGUGACAUAUAAACAGCUCGCCACAAGACCGUCUGGGCUCAGCAGGAAGUACCUCCAUAUCUACUUCCAGGUCAUCCUCAGACGUCAUGUGGACCAGAUGCCUGCUCUUGAUCUCAACCUUCUUUUCCCCCAUAGCCAUUGUUUAUGGCCGUGCCCCCAUCCCCAUGGCAGUAGUCCGCAGGGAGCUGUCCUGUGAGUCCUACCCCAUUGAGUUACGCUGCCCAGGCACAGAUGUCAUCAUGAUUGAAAGUGCCAACUACGGCCGCACUGAUGACAAGAUCUGCGACUCGGACCCCGUCCAGAUGGAAAACACGCGGUGCUACCUGCCUGAUGCAUACAAGAUCAUGUCACUCAGAUGCAACAACCGUACGCAGUGUGCUGUGGUGGCCGGCCCCGACGUCUUUCCCGAUCCCUGCCCCGGCACAUACAAAUACCUCGAAGUCCAGUAUGAGUGUGUUCCUUACAAAGUAGAACAAAAAGUGUUUCUGUGCCCCGGCAUUCUUCGGGGAGUUUACCAAAGCGAACAUCUCUUUGAAUCGGACCAUCAGUCUGGUGCUUGGUGCAAAGACCCGCUGCAGGCCUCUGACAAGAUCUACUACAUGCCCUGGACACCAUACCGCACGGACACGCUGACUGAGUAUUCAUCGAAGGAGGACUUCAUCGCAGGCCGUCCCACCACCACAUACAAACUGCCGCAUCGCGUGGACGGUACUGGCUUUGUCGUCUAUGACGGUGCGCUGUUCUUCAACAAGGAGCGGACCCGCAACAUCGUAAAGUUUGACUUGCGCACGCGCAUCAAGAGCGGUGAGGCGAUUAUUGCCAACGCCAACUACCACGACACGUCGCCCUACCGCUGGGGGGGCAAGUCGGACAUUGACCUGGCGGUGGAUGAGAACGGUCUGUGGGUGAUCUACGCAACGGAGCAGAACAAUGGGCGCAUCGUGGUGAGCCAGCUCAAUCCCUACACCCUGCGCAUCGAAGGCUCCUGGGACACGAGCUACGACAAGCGCUCUGCCUCCAAUGCGUUCAUGAUCUGCGGAGUCCUUUAUGUUGUCAAAACCGUCUAUGAAGAUGAUGACAACGAAGGCACGGGGAACAAGAUUGACUACAUGUACAACACUGAUAAGGGGAAAGAAAUGACGGUUAACAUACCCUUCCCUAAUUCCUACCAGUACAUAGCUGCAGUGGAUUACAACCCUAGAGACAACCUGCUGUAUGUGUGGAAUAACUACCACGUGGUCAAGUACUCGCUCGACUUCGGCAACAAUGAUUUUCGCCCGCCUCCCAUAAUCCCCCCAAACCGAGGAGGGGGACCAAUUGGUGGGGGAGGUUCCUCUUCAUCUACCAGCCGUGCUGCCACCACCACACGGUCUCCCCCCUCCUACACCACUCCAAGGCCUCUACUGACUACAUCCCCUGGUCAGCGGUAUCGAACAACCACCACUGUCCGCCAGCCCAUUCUGGUUCCUCCUGGAGGUUCAUCGUCUGACAGCAAUCAGAUUCCUGACACCAAUCAGAAAGUUGGGGGUCGAUCCCCUCCAGUGCAAGUCCCUCCAGCACCCCCACAGCCCCCAAUCCUCCCUCCUCAAGACUUCUGUAAUCCAGUAGUGACAGCCGACAUAUCGUGGCCUCGCACACAGCAGGGCCAGACGGCCAAACAGCCGUGCCCUGUAGGGACACUGGGCGUGGCUACAUACAUGUGCGUAGCUCAUUUGGGCCACUGGGAUACCCAAGGCCCUGACCUCAGCAAUUGCACGUCACCUUGGGUCAACCACAUCAUGCAGAAACUUCGGUCGGGCGAGACGGCAGCAAUUGUAGCCAGGGAACUGGCAGAGCAGACCAAAGGACUUCUGCAUCCUGGCGAUGUGCCAUCUACAGUGCGGGCCAUGGUCCAACUAGUCGAACUGCUGGACGUCCAACUCAGAAAUCUCACCCCUGGGGGCAAGGACAGUGCUGCCCGCAGCCUCACCAAGCUUCAGAAGAGAGAAAGGUCCUGCAGGUUUUUCGCACAGGCCAUGGUGGAGACCGUGAAUAAUUUGUUGCAUCCACGAGCUGAGAAAGCGUGGCGAGAACUGCCCACCAGUGAGCAGCUUCAUUCGGCUACCCUGCUCCUCGACACCGUGGAGACCGGGGCUUUUAUGUUGGCUGACAACCUCCUGAAGACUGACACUGUGCAGGAGACUAAUGACUACAUCCUGCUGGAAGUAGCCAGGCUGAGCACGGAUGGGAACCUCGCAGACCUGACAUUCCCUCAGUCGGAACAACACGGAAACUCCAUCCAGCUGUCAGCCAGCACUCUGAAACAGCAUGGCAGAAAUGGUGAGAUCAGGAUGGUGUUUGUCAUGUACAAGAACUUGGGCUCCUACCUCUCCACGGAGAACGCCAGCGUCAGACUGAGCAGCGAUGCCAUCUAUCCUAAUUACUCUGUUAUCGUCAACUCCCCGGUCAUCACCGCAUCCAUUAACAAGGAGAGCAAUAAGGUUUACCUGUCAGAGCCUGUGGUCUUCACUGUCAAACAUCUACAGCAUUCAGAAAAGAAUUUCAAUCCCAACUGUUCAUUCUGGAGCUACUCCAAGCGCACCAUGACGGGAUUCUGGUCUACGCAGGACUGUCGUCUGCUGGCCACCAAUCGUACACACACCAGCUGCUCCUGCACCCACCUUACCAGCUUUGCAGUGCUCAUGGCCCACGUGGAGGUCAAGAAAACAGACAGCAUGCACGACGUGCUCCUGGAUGUCAUCACGUGGGUGGGCAUCCUGUUGUCACUGGUUUGCCUGCUUAUCUGCAUCUUCACCUUCUGCUUCUUCAGAGGGCUUCAGAGCGAUCGCAACACCAUUCACAAGAACCUCUGCAUCAGCCUCUUCAUCGCUGAGUCUCUGUUUCUGUAUGGGAUCAACAAGGCCGACCAGCCGAUUGUCUGCGCAGUCUUUGCGGCCCUGCUCCAUUUCUUCUUCUUGGCAGCGUUCACCUGGAUGUUCCUGGAAGGGGUACAGCUCUACAUCAUGCUGGUAGAGGUGUUUGAGAGCGAACACUCCAGGACUAAGUACUUCUACCUGGCAGGAUAUGGAGUACCUGCUGUCAUAGUGGCCGUCUCCGCUGCUGUGGACUAUAGGAGCUACGGCACCGACCGAGUGUGCUGGCUGCGAUUGGAUACUUACUUUAUCUGGAGCUUCAUAGGCCCUGCUACACUCAUCAUUAUGCUGAAUGUAAUCUUCCUCGGCAUCGCUCUUUAUAAGAUGUUCCAUCAUACGGCCAUUCUCAAACCAGACUCUGGGUGUCUGGACAACAUCAAGUCCUGGGUGAUCGGGGCCAUAGCUCUGCUGUGUCUGCUCGGUCUGACCUGGGCGUUCGGGCUAAUGUACAUCAACGAGAGCACCGUGAUCAUGGCCUACCUUUUCACCAUCUUCAACUCUCUGCAGGGCAUGUUUAUCUUCAUCUUCCACUGCAUACUGCAGAAAAAGGUGCGUAAAGAGUACGGCAAAUGUCUGCGCACCCACUGCUGCAGCGGCAAGAGCGUGGAGACUUCUAUAUCCUCCUCCAGUAAAACCACCACCUCGCGGACCCCGGGCCGCUACUCCACAGGCUCACAGGUGAGCUUACCUGCCUGCACACCUGGACGCUACAGCACAGCAGAUUCUCAGAGUCGUAUCAGGCGGAUGUGGAAUGACACUGUGAGGAAACAGGAGUCCUCCUUCAUCACUGGAGACAUCAACAGCUCUGCUACGCUCAACAGAGGAGCCAUGGCUAAUCAUCUUAUAACUAAUGCUCUCCUUCGUCCCCAUGGUACUAACAAUCCUUAUAACACGCUCCUGGGGGACUCGGCAGUCUAUAACAACCCAGCUGUGGGCAUGUACAACACCCAAGCACCAUACCGAGACACAAAGGGCAUCCUGAACAACGCAAGAGACUCCAGUGUUAUGGAUACACUCCCUCUUAAUGGUAACCAUGCCAACAACUACAGCAUGGCGAGCAGUGAGUACUUGAGCGACUGUGUCCAGAUCCUCGACCGUAGCGCCGGCUACGGCACCCACGGCAACCACAAGGAGACAACUCUAGAGAAGAAGAUCCUCAAGGAGCUGACGUCCAACUAUAUCCCAUCUUACCUCAACAAUCAUGAGAGAGCAACCACGGAGCGCAAUCACAACCUCAUGAACAAACUGGUGAACAGCAGCAUGGCCAAUGGAGGGAGCCUGGCAGGGGGCAGCAGCAGCAGCAGCAGCAGUGGA